AUGAGAAAGCAAGAGGUCUUCUAUUUGGCAAACUCUAGGGUGAAGAACAUCAACGUGCAUGCCUUUGACUCGGGAGACUACAAAAAUAACUUUGGGUUUGAUGAUAAAAAUGGAAACUACAUCAUCUCGCUUGGUGAUCAAAUUGAAUACCGAUACGAGAUAAAGCGUGUACUUGGGACUGGCUCUUUUGGAAACGUGGUUCUUUGUGUUGAUCACAAGUACUCCACCCCAGAGAAGCAGCGCAAGGUUGCCAUCAAAAUCAUCAGAAAUGACCUCAACUGGUCUUUGCAGGCGGUUAGCGAGAUCAAAAUGCUUAAGCAGUUAAGCCAGUCAUCCAAAGAUGUUAUGAACGAUCACAUCAUGAGUUAUUACGACCAUUUUCAUUUCAGGGGGCACAUGUGCAUCGCGACGGAGGUCCUCUCACUUAACCUAUUCACAUUAUUGGAGCUCAUGUCAUUCAGGGGCUUGACAUUGGAUUUGUUGAAGAAGUUUGCAAUUGAUAUACUCAGAGGGUUGAACUUCGUCCAUGAACAAAAGGUGAUUCAUUGCGAUGUUAAGCCGGAGAACAUCAUGAUCAAACUUCCGCUGGACUACGAUCCACAUGAUGGUAGCCUUCCGACGGAAUUUACUGUGAAGUUGAUUGACUUCGGCUCUUCGUGUUUCGAAAACGACACCUCGUAUUCUUACAUUCAAUCUCGAUUUUAUCGUGCCCCGGAGGUGAUUUUGGGAUCGAAAUACAGCAGCAAAAUUGACAUAUGGUCACUUGGCUGUGUUUUAGCGGAGAUAUUUACCGGUGCUCCAAUUCUUCCAGGAAAAAGCGAGGUAGAGCAAAUAGCCCUCAUUCUUGAAUUGUUCGGUGCUCCACCCGCAUCUCACAUCGUAAAUGAAAAGAAGAAGCUUUUGAGGAUGGCGCGGGUUAGCUCAAGUAAGAUCCGUGAUCCUGUUGUUGCCGAGUCCUCGGUAUACGGAAGUGAUGUUAAGGCACCAAUUGAUGAAAAGAAGAUAAAGAGGACCCUACUAUACUCACUCUUCAAUGCUGAGGGCAAGGUGAAUCUUCAAUUCAUCAACCAGCUGCUUAUUUCAAAUGGUAAAGAGAGUAAUGGCAACGGACAUGUUAAGAAAUCAGUGAAGCUCAAUCUGAGAUCCUUGUCUGUUACUAUUUUCAUGUCGACCAGCCCACCUGCAAAAGGGAGUCGUAGAAGCAGAGUGCUCAAUUCGUUAUACAAUUACACGAGUGAUAUGGCAGAAGCACACGCUGGAAAGAACCGAGGCAUAGCUGCGGGCACUGCUGCCACCAUCUUAGGAAUGGGCCUAGAGCAUGUUGAAAAGACAGCAGACGGUGGGGUUCGAGCAAAAGACGGCAGUUUCGAGUAUACCGAAGAGGAGCUCGAAGCAGUGAGGGAAAUGGCCCUGUCGGCCGAGGAACACCAGGCUGCAAAGGAACCAACGCAUUUCAUGGAUCGGUUUAUGGAAAGACUCAUAAGCCACACCGUUCCUCAAGAUAAUCCUGACUACCAUGAGAUCAAUACUAGAAUCAAGGACCCAUCAAGGAAAAAUAAGGCGCCGUUAUCGAUACGGAAACUUGGUUCAAACAUGAAGAGGUUGAGUUCGAAGAUGGGAUCGUUCUUCAAGCUCCAGUAUGGUGUGAUACACGUAAUCACCUGGAAGCAACCAACAAAGACGCUCUCUGUCUUGGUCCUCUACACUGCUAUUUGCAUGUGGCCCCACUUGGUGGUGGCGCUUCCUUUGCUUGUGUUGUUAUUCGGCGUCAUAGUCCCAGCAUAUCUCCACCGCCAUCCCAUGAACAUCCCGGAGCUUGUCAAGACGAAGAAGAGGGGUCAAUCGCUUCUUGAGUUCUUCAAUCAGUCUGAAGACGAGAGUGUUGUUAUGGAUUUGUUGAAUGAUCGGUCAGAGGAGUUCUCAGAUGACAUGUCUACUGCUACUUUUUCGUCCGAGUACUCAAGAGCGACGACCGCUACGACCGCUACGACCGCUACAGGUGCCACAAAUGCAUCGGCGUUUGCCCAAAAGGGCCUCAAUGCGGCAGCUUCGGUCUCCUCUGAAAACCAAUCAAAGUUUGUGAAAUCGCAGGUAUCGACGUUCAUGAACAUGAGAGAUCUUCAAAAUUUGACGACUGACUUGCUCAAUGGCAUCGACCACGCCGAGAAAGUCGCCACUGAUAUCGUCGGCUUUAAGAAUGAGAGACUUACUACCUUCAUCUUCUACAUCUUGACGUUCGUGACUUCUGUGGUACUCUUUGUUGGAAGAUGGAUUCCAUGGAGGAUCAUAUUCAUUCAAGCCGGCUGGAUCGGCAUGAUUGUCUGCCAUCCAAAUGCCAAGAAGUAUAUUCAGGCGCUCAAGAAAAAGAGACAGCCACCACCAGUUGUGGAGGACGAUGGAGAAGAAACCGAGGACGAAGACGCAGAAGAGCAGCCUCCAAAACGUUUGCCUCACGAGACUUUUGAUAGACCAGACAUCAUAGUCGACGAUGCUCCAGAAGUUCGUAUUGCCGAGAUCUACGAGCUUCAGAUCCGCAAUAUUCUCAAGCACGAAUGGAAGCUUUAUGGCUAUUCCAAGAGACUCUUUGACUAUGCCGACAAAGUGAGGGUCUCCGGUAAGAAGCCGCAUGGCGUCGAUUCUAUUGGCAAAAUCCUGCCACCCAAGGAGUGGAAAUUUGACUUUGGAUUUGCCAGUAAUUGGCAGGUCGACAGAAAUCCCGAGCAGUUCAUUCGCGUACGUGGGGUUGAUAAGACUCACUUGAAGAUCAAGGACGACGAGAAGGAGGGCUGGGUGUACGACAAACUUCCCGCUGCACAGGAUUCUACCAUCGAAUUCAGAAGACGCAGACUCUACAGGGAAUGUUUCAGAUACGCCCGUCCAGUUAACAACAAGGUCUUGUAG